UGGGUUGUCUCUGUUUAUUGGAACGGAACGUUUUCAAUAUGUCCGAUAAGUAUGGCGUAGCCGAUGUUGAGUAAAUAAAUUUACGUUUUGUAUAAGAUUAUUUUGUUUUAUGACGCAAAUCUGAAAAAGAUUUAAGUAUUUCUAUGUAGAUUAGUUAAGUUUUAUUAGUUUAAGUGUGUGUGAUACGUGUUGUGACUAUUUUUAAUAGCCCACUUUUUUCUUUGUUUUUACCAACAUAUGUUAGUCUACUUUUUUUGUCACAAAUUGCGUAUACCAUGUCGUAUUCUAAACUGUUCAGUGAAGCGGUGGAUUGUGAGGCUUUGUGGUAUGAAACAGGCGCGAGGAGUCAUUCAGCUCAAGGUCUCGUUAGCAACGUAUCGAGUCCCGGGAUGAAAAUUCCACUGCCCCCUCGGAUGUGGAUCACAGAUGCAGAGGAUGAUUCAUCAGAUGAAAUGGGCAGCAUCAGCAGGGAUGAUGGAUCCGUUUCUCUUGAGAGAGUAAGGGUGAGGUCACGAUUCAGACACCUCAAGCCGAGGUCUGUAAAUGUGCCUUUGGGCAUAUUCUGGGAUAUUGAGAAUUGUCAAGUACCUCGAGAUUGUUCAGCAAUAGAUGUGGUGGCGGCAAUCCGCAGCAAGUUCCUCACGGGCCGCAGGGAGGCAGACUUUGUUGUUGUCUGCGAUGUGCGCAAGGAGUCGGCCAGCAGGCUGCAGGAGCUUAACGAUGCUCAGGUGAGCCUGAUACACGUGUGCGGCACCCAAAAGAACGCUGCGGAUGAGAAGCUGAGGCAGUGCAUGCGACGGUUCGGCGAGCUGCACCCGGCGCCCGCGUCUCUCCUGCUCAUAUCCGGUGAUAUCAACUUUGCCGCCGAUCUGUCCGAUUUCAGACACAGGAAGAACAUGGAAGUGAUAUUGGUGCAUCAGAGAAAAACGUCACCAGCUCUCAUUGCUUGCGCGUCCUCUCACUACUGUUAUAACGAACUGACAGUCGAUGUGCCCAGGAAAACGAAGACGGAGGGCGGUCGGGCGGAGGCGCGGUCGCCGUGCGAGCUGGAGGUGUGCAACCUGCCGCGCGAGCAGCCGGCCGAGCGCGUGUCGCGCCGCCUGCGCCGCCUGGCCGACAACUGCGGCGGCAAGGUGCUGCGCGUGCACCCGCCCACCGCGCUGCUGCGCUUCCCCACGCCCGACCACGCCUCCAGGGCGUUGAAGCGUAUGGACGGCGAGGACGUGUUCGGUCGCAAGAUCAGCACGCGGUUCGUCCCGUCCGCGCUGCAGCCGACGUACUCCAGCGACGAGGGCUACGGCACCGCCACGGCCAGCGUGCCGCCGCCGAGGCCCGCCUACGUGCCCAAUGCGCACCCGGUGGUGAUGCCGGCGCAGGCGUGUGGCGCGGGCGUGUCGGAGUGGGCGCUGGCGCUGCAGCAGCUGCCGGCGCUGAGCCCGCGCCCGCGCGAGUUGGCCGCGCCGCCCGCGCCGCCCGCGCACAAGCCGCGCAAGAUACGCGGCACGCACGGGUCCGUGGGCGCGGAGCGGUCGGGCCGCUCGUCGAGUAACAGUGGCGACGAGGUGCGUGAGGUACGUGAGACCCGCGCUCGUGAGUCCCUCAGCCGCGCCGCGUCGCCGUGGAACUCGUCCAGCGUGAGCGAGCACAGCGACGCCGAGCCCGACGCCGCCGAGCUCACCGUCACCAACCUGCCGCCUUACGAACCCGCGCUCUUGCAGGAGAUGUUAACCCAACUGUUCAGCCAAUACGUGCCAGUGAUUCGCGUAUCGGUGUGGAGCGGCGCGGAGGGUCCGCUGGCCAGCAUCCUCCUGCGCUCCGAGUGGGACGCGCGGCUGGUGAUCGCGCGCGUCCACAAGCGGCGCUUGGACUCCCAGUGGACGGGUCGCAGGCUCGAGCUGUCCCUGGGGAGGCCUUCCCCUGCCCCGAACCUAGACGUGCUGCGAGCUAGGCUCCGGGCCAUACUCCUGGACCAACAAAACCAUACGCUACCGUUGUUGCGCCUGCGCGAUGCAUACGCAAGUCGCCAUUGCUGUGCGCUCACCGCGUCCGAUAUUGCUAAGGUGAAGGACACGGUCAUCAUCCACGAGGGAUUCGGCAAGAUGGUCCAGCUCGUGGACUUAACCCCAGUGACCACCGCUGAGAUGGAAGAGGCACCAUGGAAGUGCCACAUCCACGCGUCACUCAGCACCGGGCACGAGGAUGGCAGCCGUAUACUCCUGCCGGUAUACAUGGAGGUGGCAGCUUUAGAGAAGAACGUGCGCGUGUUGCUGGAGAAGCAUGGCGGAGUGCUGCCGCUGUUGAGUUUCGUGGAGUGCUACGAGGCGAUGUUCUCGCCGCUGUUGACGGACACGCGACGCGGCGUGUCACUGGAACUGCUGCUGAGGACCUCGCCCGCCUUCGAAGUGAAGGACACGCCCUCCAGGCACCUCACUUGGCGCAGCGGGCCCGAAGUGUCUCUGGACCACACUGGAAGCCUGAGCGAGAGCUCCCGGUCGAGUGGCGAGCGCGAGCGUCCGCGCACAGCGCCUGCGCUGGAGCCGAUGCUAGCGUUAUUCGAGAGGGAGCUGGUCGACCUGCUCAGGACCGCGCCGCGUUGCUCCAUACCAUUCAGCAAAUUGAUCCCAGCAUUCCACCACCACUUCGGUCGUCAGUGCCGCGUCGCCGACUACGGGUUCACCAAGCUGCCCGAUCUGCUCACCGCCCUUGGCAAUACUAUUGUGGUGCUAGGCUCUGGUUCGUCUCGUGUGAUUACUCUGUCGGCCGCAGCGCAGGCGCGCCGCUGGACAUCCGACGUGGUGAAGAUGCUGAAGGCUGCACCGAAGCGAGCUCUCGCCACUCCUGACGUACCUGCAUUGUACCAGGCUACAUUCGGCCGCGUGUUCUCGCCUGCUGAUUACGGUUUGUGUUCGCUACCGGAGCUGAUGCGGCGCGUGUCUCCGCACGCAGUCGUGACGUCACCGGACGGCACAAUCUCACUACCGCGCCGCACCCCCACCCCCGAGGAGCGCGCGCGCACGAUACAAUUCGCGGAGCAAGCGAAAGAGUUGCUGUCGUUCACGGCCAACUUGCGCAUGGAGUUCUCGUCGUUCGUGCCGGCGUACCACGCGCACUUCGGUCGGCAGCUGCGCGUGGCGCACUACGGCUGCGUGAAGCUGGCCGAGCUGCUGGAGCUGGUGGGCGAGUGGCUGUGCGUGUGCGCCGAGCCGGGCGGCGCGCGCACCGUGCGCGUGUGUCCGCGGGUGGCGCGCGGCCUGCUGGCGCGCCGGCUGCGGGCCAUAGGACACGUGCCGUUCGGCGCGUUGCCCGCCUUGUACGCUACGCGGUACGGAGCUUCGCCGCUGCCGGACAUGCUAGAAGUGGAGACUUUAGAAGAGCUGGUGUUCGCGGCGGGCGGGUGCGUGGAGCGCGGCAUGGUGCUGCCGCCGGGCGGCGCGCCGCACUGGGCCGGCGCCGUGCUGGCGGCGUGCGCGGCGCUGGCGGCGGACCGCAGCGUGGCGCGCGGCUCGUCGCCGGAGUACUUCGCGGCGGCGUGUCGGCGGCUCGGCGCGGACGUGGCGCCGCGGGCGCUGCGGGCGGCCGGCGUGCUCAGCUCCACCAGCACCGACGCCUCGGGGCUGGGGUCGGCGCCGCGCCUGCGCCUCGCGCCCGCCUGGCGCACCGUGUGGCGAGUCGCGCAGCUGCUGGCCGAGCGGAACAUGUCCGCCGCUGAGAUACUGCACGAGUACACGCAACGAUACGAUCCUAACUUCCCCUGGCCAGAACCCGGUCCAGAGGGCGUGGCGGAGUUCCUGCGUACGUACAGCGAAAUAUUCGCGGUGGUGGAGGGCGGGUGGUCGCUGUGCGCAGGCGUGGAGCUGCCGAGCCGUCGCGACGCGCCCGCCGUGCCGGACGUCGACUACUCCGUGUACGACACGCCGCCCGGACAAAAGGGUUCCCGCGUGUUUGAAUCACCGAAAACUCACCUAUGGGGCUCGCCCCCUGCCAGUGCAUUGCCGACGCCGUCUGCGUUGCUCACACACGAAAAACGCCGCACUCGGCUGGCGGCGCAGUUCGAUGCGUCGUAAGCGGCCGAGCCGCCCCACCGGAGUUGCGAACAACCAUUCCUUCACACAUUACCGAGGCGAUAACGUGUUCCGAUGCCGACCGACGCCACCGUAUCGCAGGGUCGCAACGAAUUUUAACAAUUAGACUUAAUGUAAGUGUCCUAAUAAAUGUGAUUACUGUAACAAUAACGUUUUAGAUCGUGUAUAUUUUUGUGCGUUUAUUUAGAUUAAGUAUAAUGUGGGCGCAUUCGCAAAAUGUUAUCGAGUCGUUCAUUUACACGCAUUGUCAUACUAGUUAGUGAUAGGCGACAGUUUUAAACACAUACAUCGUAGAACUAACUAUCGCGAUCUAAUGACUACACGGUGAUAUUUAUUUAUUUAUAAUCUGAAACGCCUUUGUGUCGUCUUAUUCUUUCAUUUCUAAAUGUUGAUCAGAUUUUGUGUUCGGUGGCACCGAAUGUGAAAUCUACUCAACGUUGAUGUUAUUUUUACCUUUUGACAUGUUUAUGUAUAUUUCUAUUAGGUUAAACACUACACGAACGACUGAAGUACUCCUCAAAUGUUAUAUUCUAAGAAUGAUGUUUAUUAGUCCAAUUGAAUCCAUCGAUAAAUUUAAUAUAUUAAAUUUUAUAUACGUAUAAUAUGGAAAACGGAUCAUUCUAAGGAAUAAUGUAAGUGUACAUAUCAUAUGAAUAUUUGAGGCUCAAAUUUGUGUUAGGUAUAGUUUAUAAGUUCGCAGUCGACGAGCGCUUGUAACAUUUUCCGAAUGCCAAUAUAAAGUACAAUAACUAAAAUGUGUUGAUUUUGUAUAAAAGAAUUUUAUCCUUCAAUAUGUGAUCUCGAUUCUAUUCUAUAUUAACGUACCAAUUGGCUUUAUCUUUUAUUAUUUUAUUUGUUUAAUCGCAAAUCGCAAUGUUAUUGUACAUACGUGUUGAUCUCUCGAUCGUAGAUAUAUCACAUUCGAAUUUAUCAAAUUUUAUAUUAAAUUUACAUUUAAAUGUUUUUUAAAUCUGAUAAUUGUUUGAAUACGGGACGCGCGAGGGUUUGCGAUCUGGCCACGAACAUACACAAGUGUAAAUGUUAUGUCAAUUAUAAAUGUUCAAAUGUUUUAUAAAAUACGUGGUGAUGUUAUCGUAUAUUAUAGCUUCGAUAGACUAUGCUUGUGUCCAGAGUGCAAUAAUAUUAAUUAUAAUAUUACAUUAUAAUAUACGAGUAGUAUCAUAAUCGGUUCAUCGGUCGUUCCACAUUAAUAAUUCAGUGCAUUUAAUUAUAUGAAUUGUUUUAUGUUUAAGUUAUAGAUAGUGACAGGAUGUGGGGAGGGUCGACACGUCUGCAAUAUGUUCAAAACGACUGUCGGCUUUGUUCAUGUAUUGUUAAGUUAAUAUAGAACUUGCAGGUACAGUAUUCGGCAGAAAAUAUAACAAUAAAAGAUACAAUACGCGGCAGUUAAUAUUACAUAUUUCGAUUUUGAAAGAGGUAGUCGGUUUAUUUCGGUUUUGUCCCUCGCACCGUUUCUCUUUCAGUAGAUGUGUAAUGUUUACUGCCGAGUAUUGUUCACGCCGAACACUUACUGUGAUAUAAUGUACCAUAUAAUUUACCAGUUCUGCACCGCCUCCGGGACCAGUUAUAUUAUUUUCAAAUGUCGAUAUAAAUUGCCAAAUUAUAAAUGUCGUUACAUAGGCAAUGUUAUAUACAUUUCCAUGGAAUCGUUAUUAGUUUCUCAAUUUUAUUCGUACGGAGAUUAAGACAGGAGCACAAAUAUUUAUGUAUAUUUUGUACAUAGUCUGUACUUAAUAAAGAUAAUAUUAUAAUUUGUAUUAAAUGUUAUGUUCGAAUGUAGCACUUGUUUUUUAUCAUUAUUAAUGUGGAACGCGUUAUGUAUGAAAUAUGGAAAUUUAUUUUUGAAAGAUCUGUAACAUUUCGUGUGAGCGGGCCUUGCAUAUUAUAUUGUAAUGCGUGCAAGAACUUCUCAAAAUGGUUGAGAAUAUAAUUCUGACAGAAAAAUAAUCUUAUUAUAUUUAACAAUAUAGAAUUUUAUUUAGAUGAUCUUGGUGAAAAAUGAAACUUGUAUGCACUUACGUGUCUUAGUGAUUAGAAUGCAAUUUAUAUUUUUGAAUUUAAGUACACUGCCAGUCCGCAUUUCGUAUAACGUUCAAUUCCAAUCUGGCCAUUAUAAUACUGUACUUUAUAAUUAUAUUAGUAUUUACUACACAUUUUAUUAUUUUGACCGAUAAAUAUUAUCAUGUGAGUUUUGAAUAAUGUUUGCGGAAUUAUCCAUAGGAGUUGUAAUAAGUGAAUAUGUAAUAAGUUUUUAAUGAUUGAUUUUUAAGACUGUAAUGGAUAUGUGGUAUGUGUAAGCUGUCAUACUUCUACGUGACCAAUAAGUAGUUCCAGUAAGUAAUAUUAAGCUCCAAAGUUGGGCACAUUUAGAAGAUGUCGUAAACAAGUAUUAUUUCUGUGUGCAUCUUCGUCGUUCUGUGAUCAUUAAUUUCUUGUUAUAUCGCCUAACUGAUAAAUUAAUGUGUGUAUGAAAGUAGUUGUCCCGUCAGUAUUGCAUGGAAACUGAAUGUAGUGUUCAAAAAUAAAUGUUAUUUUUUUAAA